AAUAAUGCGUAUAACCCAAAAUAACCACAAUCAAAUUCCUCUCGUUCAUUCAUUGAUGCGAUGCAAUCAAAGAUCAGUGCCUUCUUCAAACCCUCUUCUUCUUCUGUUUCACCCAAACCAGCAGACCCACCUCCCAUUUUCGACGACGACGACCAGGAAUUGAGCAUAUGGGAAAAGAAGCAACACCAACAAUUCUCCACCUACAAGCGAAGAGCUCCAAACCCACCAAGGGGUGGGAGUGAGUGUAGUUGGGAUAACCAGUUGGCAAAGACACCCAUUUCGGAUGUCGACUCUCCCAAGCCUGAAUCGACAGUAUUGGGAAAGACAGUGACCAAGAACAAGAAGAGAAGCUAUGCUCAGUACCAUUUAGACUUGGGUCAGUCUGAUUUUCUUCUGCACACGUGUUCCGCAUGCGGAGUCAUGUAUGUGACUGGAGAUGAAGAGGAUGAGAAGGCUCACAAGGGAUUUCACAAUGACUAUACCCGCGGAAUACAAUUCAAGGGUUGGGGCAAUGAGAGGGUUGUUCAUUCGCUUAAAGUUGGAGGAGGUCGGAUUCUUUUGGUGUUGGAUGGUGAUCCUCCUGCUCAGAGGAACAAGGUUGAGAAAGUUGUGACAAUGAUGGAGACUGAGCUUGGCAGUGGGUGGAUUCUGCCCAAGUUGUUUAAGGUGUAUCUGUUUGUUUUGUCCGCAAGAAUUGUAGGCUGUCUGAUUGCCGAACCUAUAACAAAAGCACACAAAGUCCUAUCUUGUGCAGUUGAUGGAAGUUCAAGUUCUGCUAGUACGAAAACAAAUAAAACAAAGUUAACUACUCUCCAGUUUGGGGAAAUCAAAUUUCACAGGGAAGUCAUUAGAAAAGCCCCUUCUGCUCCUGAACCAUUGAAUGAGUGUUUCACUGGUGCUAUCAUUUGUGAAAAGGAAGCAGUACCCGCUGUCUGUGGCAUUAGAGCCAUUUGGGUCACUCCAGCUAACAGAAGAAAACACAUAGCCACCCACUUAUUGGAUGCCCUGAGGAAAAGUUUCUGCAUGGGAUUUGUCCUUGAGCACUCUCAGUUGGCAUUCUCUCCACUAACAUCGGCUGGAAACGCAUUGGUAUCAAAUUAUAUUGGCAGUGGACAUUUCUUGGUGUACAACACAAACAAUGUCGUCUCAUAACACAUAGAUAAAUGGUUGUAGUUGUUCUGUAGGCUGAGUUUUUUGUUUUUUCCUUCUUUUUGAGGAAGAUCUACCCACACUCCAGAUCCUAAUUAUUUUAUAACUCAAAAUCUUUCAGACACUUUUGUUAAAUUAAAAAAGUUAAUAAAAUGCCUGUUCUCCAAGUUUUCAUUCUUACUUA